UGCUGCUGCUGCUGCCGCUGCUGCUGCCUGGACCACUUGUCUACAUAAACUACAAAAACAACUUUAAAUCGAACAUCUCUUCAUACAUUGGCAGCGCUGCUGCUGCUUCAAGCUGCCCCGGUGACAGCGGGCAACGAAGGGCAGUGUCUGCCCUAGGUUGACGGCAACAACAAGAACAACAACAACAACAGCAGCAGCAGCAGCAACAACAACAACAAUAGAAGCGGCAGCGGCAGCAGCAACAACCACAACAACAGCAACAGCAAGAUGAACGCCAGCCUCAUAUAUGAGAUACUCAUGUAUUUGAACUCGUUCUAUUUUGGCAUGUAUGCCGCCUUCGAGGUGGGCGUGGGCGUGCUAAAGGCAAUCAAUCUGAAUUAUGGCGAAAACGUUCUGUCACGUGAGGCGACCAUUCUUCUCUCGCUGUGCAUCAUCGAAACGCUGCGCAUUGUCUUUGGCCGCAAGAGUAGCCUCAGCGAUCGUGGCUGGCAAGCAACCGCAUCCGUAAUAUUAACACUGCCCAGUCUUGCUAUUGUUAUCUAUUUGUGUUGUUUUCAAACUUAUGUUCUCAAACUCGAAAUUAUUCUGAGUGCCUUAAUGAUCACCCUACAAGGUGCUGAACUAGUCUAUGCCAGCAUAUUCAUUUGUACAAUGUGUCGACCCGUUACAUACACCUAGCAGUUGGUCAACGUUGCCACGUCGAUGUCCAUGGCCAAGCCAACGGCAGCAUUGCUUGACCCAGGUGCGGCAUUAGCAGCUGCAGCUGGAGCUGGAGAUGGAACAGAACGACGACGACAACGCAUCACUUGGUAUAAUUACGUGAAGCAGUUUACGUUUACGUUGAGCGAUUUGGAUGUAGGAUGUAAGCCACUAAAGCACACACGCACACACACCAACGACUUUAAGGAUCAACACUUCAUAUAGAAGAGGUCUAUGGAAGACAAGAUAUUAUAACAAUGAACUACCAUAAAUACGCUGGCGUAUUCCUGCAGUCAGUUCUCGCAGCACCAAACA